AACACCAAGCGGUUUGUCCUAACUGCAGUAAACUCCACAAGCUACUCUUACUAAAUGCUCGACAUUCAUCCUCCCAUUCUUCCUUUGCCACUAUCAAUGGCGAUCCACUAAGAUAUUUCUUUUCUUUUCUCUCAGUGGACUGAAUCGUACGCGCACAGAAACAAACAAACAAAUAAACGAGCUUUUAUACGUGCCAUCGUCCGAUAAGCCAUUGCUCCCCCGAAGCGACCAUGCCCUUAUCCAUACUGCUUUCAGCUGUAAUUUGCUGAUAGUGUUUUAUCUCUGGUGUGGUUUGUAAAAUUCAGCUGUUUUGAAAAAGAUGAAGGUUCCUCGUUUAAUCUCAUAACCCUUUUUCAAGCAAUCCUGUGGAUGCUUGUGUGAACAGACAAUAAGGAAGGUGAGUAGCGUGACUAAGAUCCCAGUUUAGAGUUAAGAACUCAUAUUCACAGCCACAAGAUUAAUGGUCAGAGUGAAGUCUGAGUCGACUGAAAUUUUAUAAUCAGGAAAGCAAGGAAAAUGCAAUUAAGGUGGCCCCCUCCCUGGCUAAUUGUUGGAAGGAAAAUGAGCUUUCAUGUCUAGCAAAUUUUGUAUAGGAAAAGCAUUGGUAAAUGUUUAUUGUUAAUGGGAAACUUGGAUUCAAUGGAAAAACAGCAGAAUGGAAACCAUCUACUUCAGCAGCAACAGCAACAACAGCAGAAUCAUGCUCAAAUCUCACUACAACAGGCCCAGCAUCAACAGUUACAGCAGUCAUAUACAAGGGUAGGAGAAAAUGGUGUCUCAAAGACCCCUGAUAGGAUUAAAAGAGAUGAAUGGAGUGAAGGAGCUGUUGGUACUCUUCUGGAUGCUUAUGAGUCCAAAUGGCUUUUUAGGAAUCGAGCAAAGCUCAAAGGAAAUGACUGGGAGGAUGUUGCAAAACAGGUUUCUUCUCGUAGUUCAGGAGCUAAGUCAAUGAAGACUCAGUCACAAUGCAAAAACAAAAUUGAGUCUAUGAAGAAACGAUAUAGAGCCGAGGCUACUAGUACUUGCAAUCCUGGCUCAGGACCUUCUUCUUGGCCCUUCUUUGCCCGGAUGGAUGGAUUUUUAAGAUGCCCUGCAUUGCCCCAGUCCAAGCCUGGCAUGGCAUUUCUUGAUACAGGUGGGCAACCUGUCCUCACUGAUUUGGGAUUACAAGGUUUGCCAAAGGUGGAAAUUGGAGACUCAGACCUAGUUAUUAAGAAAGCACAAGACAUGCGAUCUAAUCUGGGUGAAUUCAUAGAAGGAAAUCGAGAUCUGAUUGUGGUGGAAGCAGAGGGGCAAAUGCAGGACAGCAACCAGGAAGAUGGAUCUAACACUUUGCCAAACAGAAAGGAGAGUGCAGCAGUGGAUAGUGACACUAGUACCCCUCGAAGCAAAAUUGCAAAUGCAGGAGAGGGUUCAGGAAAGGGCCACUCAUCCAAACGUAGGAAGAAUUCAACCAGCGAAGUAGCAGAAAGUAUAAGAUCUUUUGCUGAUUCGAUCCUCAAGCUUGAGCAGGCAAAGAUGGAAAUGUACAAGGACUCAGAACGAUUAAGGGCUGAGACAGAAGUUAGGAGAGGUGAGAUGGAACUUAAGCGCACAGAGAUCAUAGCUAAAACUCAAUUACAGAUAGCAAGAUUAUUAUCAGGAAAAAAGGGCAAACAAAAGCUUGCUGAUACAAAUGUAGCCUUGAAGUCAGCACUUGCUGCAACAUCCUCACCUCAACCAGAUGCUACUGCUCGAGGCCUACAGGGAUGAGAAAAUUAAGGUACAAGGGUGUCGUUAUCCAUCUUGUUUCAAUGGGAGCAGUAGUAAUUCUUCACCAUUAUGGCCUCGGUGUAUUGCUGAUGCAUAGAAAUUUGAAGAUUACAAAGUAUAUUAUAAUUUGUAAGAACGUGUUAUGAGUUGGGACUUUCCACAUUUCUUGAACAAAAUAUCAAAAGAUAUACCAGGUGGUUGAUUGUAAGCUGGUUUAAUAGCCAAAAUGAGGCAAAUAUCUGAACUCUGAAAUUUUUAGUAGCUUGUGGCUACUGGUAGGUGUUGUAUAGUAGUAUCUGUUGCCUUUUUUCUUACAGGUUUGUUGUGCAUUGGACAUUCAGCGAAACAAUCAUCAAGCGCUGCAAAUGUACCAUACUUAUCACACUAGUUGAGAAAUGCUAGCAAAUGCACUGCUGAUUCUUACAAUCAAAUCGCUACAUAUCUCUAAUGAAGCAAUUAGACCAGGUUUUAAACUUUUAGACGAAAGUUAAUUUCAUUUUUCUGUUAAAUACUAUUUUGUUAUGUAUUUUAUAGGAAUGAACGUUGAGUGCAGGACGUAAUAGUUAUUAGUUUGAUUACAGAUUACAGUGACUGAAAUUUAAGAUCAGGCCUUUGUAAAAUAAUAAUAAUGAUGAUGAAAUUCAAUUCA